CUGAGCUGCUAAAGGCUAAAGCCGAAGCCACCGUGUCUCGGACAUCAUGGUCAAAGUCACAAUUCUUUUACUUUCCAGAUUCCUCCCUAACAAAACAUGAAGGCCACCAGUUAUUUACAUAUUUUAUUCAUUUAAAAAAAUAAUAAUUGAAAUCUCAUCUUGAAGCAGAGAAAGAGAGAGCGUACAGGUGGAUCUAGUCUGUGAGUGUACGAAAGAGGUUGGCUCGCGCACGUGUUCAAGUUUUCUCUCCGUCAAUUCCUCAAUUCUAAUUUUAACUUCAAAAUUUACACCUCCACUUUUUUGAAUUUGCUAUAUUUGAUUUUUCGUAUUUCUGAAUAUCAUUAUCGUCUUUCCCUUUGAUUCAUGCCUCCGCUGGUUUCUGGAUAAUCUGGUUCCUUGCACUACUUGAAGACAUCAUUUGCAUGGAGGAUAUUAAAAUUGCUGACCAAAUGCCAGCUCCAGAGUCUUUUUUAUCCCCCAUAGUUGAUAAUGAUGCUUCCACCGAAGCUUCAACAGCUUCAGUUAUCAAUGGAAAAGUAUCUGAAUUUCCAAAUAUGGAAAGUUCCACAUCAGAACCUGUACAUGAUGCUGCUGAUUACCGAGUUUUGGAACAAGAUCAAAAUCUUUCAACUGGCAAUACCAUGUCAAUUUCAACAGUUGCAGCUGUUCAAUCAGAGACAGAGGAUAGGGAUACAGUGAAGGAAGAAUCAAAAACUGAAGCCAUGCAUCACAACUAUGGUGGGAGUGAAUCUCAAGACACUGGAUCUAAUAAUCAUGCUGAUGAUAGUAAUAUACCCUCUGCAACUGGCAAUAACAUGUCAAUUCCAACAGUUGCAGCUGUUCAAUCAGAGACAGAGGAUAGGGAUACAGUGAAGGAAGAUUCAAAAGCAGAGGCCAUGCAUCACAACAAUGAUGGGAGUCAAUCUCAAGAUGCUGGAUCUAAUAAUCAUGCUGAUGAUAGCAAUAUACCCUCCUCAAGUAGCAAUGCCAUGACAAUUUCAACAGUUGCAGCUGAUCAAUCAGAGACAGAAGAUAGGGAUACAGUGAAGGUAGAUUCAAAAGCUAAACCCAUGCAUCACAACUAUGAUGGGAGUGAAUCUCAAGAUGCUGGAUCUAAUAAUCAUGCUGAUCAUAGUAGUAUACCCUUUUCAACUGGCAAUACCAUUUCAAGUUCAACAGUUGCAGCUGAUCAAUUAGAGACAGAGGAUAGGGAUACAGUGAAGGAAGAUUCAAAAACUGAAGCCAUGCAUCACAACUACAAUGGGAGUGAAUCUCAAGAUGCUGGAUCUAAUAAUCGUGCUGAUGAUAGUAAUACACCCACUUCAACUGGCAAUACCAUGUCAAUUUCAACAGUUGCAGCUGAUCAAUCAGAGACAGAAGAUAGGGAUACAGUGAAGGAAGAUUCAAAGGCUGAAGUCAUGCAUCACAACAAUGAUGGAAGUGAAUCUCAAGAUGCUGGAUCUAAUAAUCAUGCUGAUGCUAGUAAUGUACCCUCUUCAACCGGCAAUAACAUGUCAAUUUCAACAGUUGCGGCUGAUCAAUCAGAGACAGAGGAUAGGGAUGCAGUGAAGGAAGAUUCAAAAACUGAAGCCAUGCAUCACGACUUUGAUAGGAGUGAAUCUCAAGAUGCUGGAUCUAAUAAUCAUAGUGAUGAUAGUAAUAUACCCUCUUCUUCCUCACCUCAGGCACUAGAUUCUAGAAUUGACCAGCAUGCUGAGCCAUCUAAUGAUCUUGAUUUACCCCAUGCAAAGCUUGCCACUAUUGCUGUGAGAGCCCCAGCAACAGUCAAUUCUCCUAAACAAGUUAUAGAUUCUCCUAUCCAUCAUGUCAAUUCUCCUAAACAAGUUAUAGAUUCUCCUAUCCAUCGUGUCAAUUCUCCUAAGCAUGCUUUUGGUUCUCCUAAACAAUCUGUCAAUUCUCCUAGAUAUGGUAUCAGUUCUCCCAAGCUCGUUAAUCAGGCUAACAGGAAGAGAGGUCUUAUUGACACUACUGCACCUUUCGAGUCUGUCAAAGAGGCUGUUUCCAAAUUUGGAGGAAUUGUUGAUUGGAAAGCUCAUAGAAUGCAAACUAUGGAGAGACAGAAGUAUGUAGAGCAGGAACUGGAUAAGGCACAAGAAGAGAUGCCUGAGUAUAGGAAAAAAUCAGAGGCUGCUGAAGAGGAAAAGAGCCAAGUACUUGAGGAGCUUGACCACACGAAGAGACUAAUAGAAGAAUUGAAACUGAAUCUGGAGAGGGCACAAACGGAAGAGCAGCAAGCGAAACAAGACUCUGAACUAGCCAAACUCAGGGUGGAAGAGAUGGAACAAGGGAUUGCUGAUGAUGCUAGUGUAGCAGCAAAGGCACAGUUUGAGGUUGCUCAAGCUAGAUAUACAGCUGCAGUUGCAGAGCUGAAAUCUGUAAAAGAAGAGUUGGAAUCACUGCAGGAGGAUUAUACUGCAUUGGUGUCUGAGAAAGACAUAGCUGUAAAGAAUGCAGAAAAAGCUGUUUCUGCUUCAAAGGAAAUUGAGAAAACAGUGGAGGAAUUGACUAUUGAGCUGAUUGCAGCAAAGGAGUCCUUAGAGUCUGCACAAGCUGCCCAUUUGGAAGCCGAAGAGCAAAGAAUAGGAGCAGCAAUGGCCAGAGAUCAAGAUUCUCACUUUUGGGAGAAGGAAUUAAAGCAGGCAGAAGAGGAGCUCCAAAAACUUACCCAGCAAAUUCUUUCAGCAAAGGAUCUCAAAUCAAAACUGGAUACUGCUUCAGCCUUGCUACUUGAUUUAAAAGCUGAACUAGCUGCUUAUAUGGAAUCAAAAUUGAAAGAGGAAACUAAUGAAGACAGACAUUCAAAUGGUGAAUUAGAGGAACCAGAGAGAAAAUCUCAUACUGGCAUACAAGCAGCAGUUGCAUCAGCAAAGAAGGAACUUGAAGAAGUGAAACUAAAUAUUGAGAAAGCCACUGCCGAAGUAAAUUGCUUGAAGGUGGCAGUCAUAUCUUUAAAAUCAGAGCUUGAAAAAGAAAAAUCAGCUCUUGCUAACAUUAGGCAGAGAGAAGGAAUGGCAUCAAUAGCAGUUGCUUCUUUGGAAGCUGAGCUGGACAGGACUAGGUCAGAGAUAGCGCUUGUUCAGAUGAAAGAGAAAGAAGCUCGUGAGAAGAUGGUGGAGCUUCCCAAGCAACUACAGCAAGCAGCACAAGGGGCAGACCAGGCAAAGUCACUUGCUGAGAUGGCUCGUGAAGAGCUGCACAAGGCAAAGGAAGAAGCUGAGCAAGCAAAGGCUGGAGCAAGUACCAUGGAGAGUAGGCUAGUAGCUGCUCAAAAGGAGAUACAGGCUUCUAAGGCUUCAGAAAAAUUAGCUUUAGCUGCUGUCAAAGCAUUGCAAGAGAGUGAAACAGCUCAGAGCACUGAUGAUGCAGAGUCAUCUACUACUGGUGUUACACUGUCUUUAGAGGAGUAUUAUGAGCUCAGCAAGCUUGCCCACGAGGCUGAGGAGCAGGCCAACAUGAGGGUGGCAGCUGCCAUCGCUCAAAUUGAGUUAGCAAAAGAGUCUGAGUUGAGAAGCCUGGAGAAGUUGGAAGUGAAUAAGGAGAUGGCUGCAAGAAAAGAAGCUCUGAAAAUUGCAAUGGACAAGGCUGAGAAGGCCAAGGAAGGGAAGUUGGGCAUUGAACAGGAGUUGAGAAAGUGGAGGUCUGAAAAUGAGCAACGAAGAAAAGCUGGCGAAUCUGGUCAAGGAGUAAACCCCAAUAAAAUCCCAAGACCAAGUUUUGAGGGGACAAAAGAAUCAAACCAUGACCGCUUGGCAGAUGCUUCUAUUAAUUAUAAAUCAGACUCAAAGGCAUAUGACCAUGAAAGUAGCACUGAAAUUGUUUCAUCUCCAGAAACAAAGCAUCCUAAGAAAAAGAAAAAGUCACUGUUUCCCCGUCUUUUUAUGUUCUUUGGCAGAAGAAGGUCGCUUACGUCUAAGUCAUCAAAUGCUUCAUGAUCAGUAUGUGUAAUAUCUUUCUGUUGUGACUGAUCCUGUUUUAUGGGAUUUUUUUUUUUUGGCACAAUGAGCAUGUAAUGUAAAGUAGAUAUACCUGAGAAAAUUUUACUGGAAUGUAAAUUCUGAGGAUUGUUGUAAUUUGUUUGAAUGAUAAAAUUGAUGGGAUUUAUUUA